CCGCCCUCGCCCGCCCUCCGCGCCCGCCCGGCCGCCGCCGCCGGGCUCCCGGCCGCCCCGAUGCCCGAGCCCGGCCCCAGGAUGAACGGCUUCUCGCUGGGCGAGCUGUGCUGGCUGUUCUGCUGCCCGCCCUGCCCGAGCCGCAUCGCCGCCAAGCUGGCCUUCCUGCCGCCCGAGCCCACCUACACGGUGCUGGCGCCCGAGCAGCGCGGCCCCGGCGCGCCCGCCCCGGCCGCCGCCGCCCCGGCCGCCGCCGCCGCCGCCGCCGCGCAGGCCGCCGGGGCGCAGCCCGCGCCGCCGCCGCCCGAGGACGGCCCGGGCGCGGGGCCGGGCGCCUGCAGCCUGCACCUGAGCGAGCGCGCCGACUGGCAGUACUCGCAGCGCGAGCUGGACGCCGUCGAGGUCUUCUUCUCGCGCACGGCCCGCGACAACCGGCUGGGCUGCAUGUUCGUGCGCUGCGCGCCCUCCAGCCGCUACACGCUGCUCUUCUCGCACGGCAACGCCGUGGACCUGGGCCAGAUGUGCAGCUUCUACAUCGGCCUGGGCUCGCGCAUCAACUGCAACAUCUUCUCCUACGACUACUCGGGCUACGGCGUCAGCUCGGGCAAGCCCUCCGAGAAGAACCUCUACGCCGACAUCGACGCCGCGUGGCAGGCGCUGCGCACCCGGUACGGCGUGAGCCCUGAGAACAUCAUCCUGUACGGCCAGAGCAUCGGGACCGUCCCCACGGUGGACCUGGCCUCGCGGUACGAGUGCGCGGCCGUCAUCCUCCACUCGCCUCUGAUGUCCGGCUUGCGCGUGGCUUUCCCGGACACCAGGAAAACGUACUGCUUCGACGCUUUCCCCAGCAUUGACAAGAUCGCCAAAGUGACCUCUCCCGUGCUGGUCAUCCACGGCACAGAGGAUGAGGUCAUCGACUUCUCGCACGGCCUGGCCAUGUACGAGCGCUGCCCCCGAGCCGUGGAGCCCCUCUGGGUGGAAGGGGCUGGGCACAAUGACAUAGAACUUUACGCACAAUACCUGGACAGACUAAAACAGUUCAUAUCUCACGAACUGCCUAACUCCUGAAGAAGACGCCUCGAUUGUACCUCAUUUACUGUGAACGCAGGAGUCCUCUGUUCCACACGUGCUUGAACUGGGUGGCGGUGACGGCCUGACAGCGGGGGGUGGGGGGUGGGGGGGAGGGGGGCAGCGCCCGCCGUGUGGCGUUCCCGUCAAAGAGCUGAGGAAGUCCCAGCCUUCUGUAUGCAGAGGUGGCUCUUCUCGUACACACAGCACGUGAAACCGAGCGGCUUGGGCGCCAGCAGGGAGGGGGCGGGGGGCUGGGGGCGGGACGGCCUCUUUCCCGUGCUGCGUGGAGGACCCUCCCGCCUGCUGCCUGCUGUCCCCGCCGGUCACCACCUACCCACGCAGGACCCUGUCCUUCCUCCACCGAUGUUCUCAGUAUUUGACCCGCAGGCCUCUUUCGGCCACUGGAUGCGUGGGUUCCAUCCGUUUGUGAAGCUGUGACAGAACAUAAGCAGAAAACUCGGGUGAGGAGAAUUCCUUUAAGUUCCGUUCCCAGGCUGGUGUCUCUCCCCCCAAACUCAUCAGUCCGAGGGUGACUUAGUGCAGCUCAUUCCCUGGACCCACGUAACGUAACUGGAAUAUUCUUAAUCAAAAGAAAACUGGGUUUUUUUUUAAGUGUAAAUUUAUUACUCGCCAACAGAGUUUUAAUAUUUUGACUGUCUGGUGGGUCUAUCAGAGCCCGGCCGCCUCUCCUUCUGUAAAGCCCCCCCACCCCCCGCAGGGCUCUUUUAAAGUACUGUACAUACUUGGAAUUGCAUUGUGCAUAGAUUCUUAAUGGGUAGUUUUCUUUCGUCAGACUACAAACUGCAGAUCCCUCGUUUGUAAUGUAAAUGAUUGAAUACAUUUUGUUAAUAUGUUUUUAUUCCUAUGUUUUGCUAUUAAGAAAUUUUAUAACAUUUCCAAGACAAAAAAAAAAAAGAAUUACAAGUUUAUGCUUUGAAGACUUUAUGUAAUUAAAAUUUCACUGAACUAAUCUUUUUAGUUUAGGACUUACCUGGGUUUUGACACUGGACUUGCACCGAGGAAGCAUCGGAAAUGGAAGAUGCUUCAGCAUUGCUACACUGCUCAUCUUGGUUGGGGGUUGGGGUUUGGGGGUUCCUGGGUUUUCUUUUCUUUUUUCUUUUCAAAUUUAAAAGCCUUAAAUGUACUGUAAGCCUCAGACCGCCGCACAGCUGGGCUGCGGAUGGUUGCCGGUCUGUUAGCGCUGCGUGGGCGCAGCACGCCGGUGGGUCACGGAAUAAAGGAUGCAUGGAUCAGAA